AUUGCUUGCUGGGUUUAAGUCAACAGCUUUCUUAAAAUUUUCUUUUAGAUCAUAAAAAUUGUCAAAAUUUUAAUGUGAAAUUGUAUAAACUAAUAGAAAAAAACUUGCAUUAGAUAAAUUUAAUGGUGUAAUUUUUACGCGAUACCAACUAAAAUACAACCGUGCGCAAAUGGCAAACGGAAAAGCAAAGAAAGCCGGAAAAGGAAAAGGCCAUAGAGACGGUAAUCUACAAAAAACUGAAAAAGAAUACAAAUUAUUGACGAUGGAAGAACAACAGGCACGGGAUACUAAAUACGAAAUGCGUCUAGUGGAAUUACGAGCGUGUCGUAAUUUUAUUGAUGAGGCUUUUAUGAGGGUGGACGAAUUAAAAGAAGCGGAAGAUUUAAUGGAGAAGUGGAAAACCUAUUUACGUUGCGAUGGUCUACCAAAACCUUACAUACCCCCAGAAGUGCGUUUGUUUUUUGUUAAAUUAAGACAUUUCGAAGGAUUGAAUAUGGAAAAAACCAUUGAUUGGCAGCUAUCUGUAGACGAAGGUAGUAUUUUGACGCAGGAUAUAUUUAGCAAGAAUAUGACGCGUAAAGCGUUAGUUAAUGAAUUACGCCCCAAUUUCGGGGAUGAGUAUAAAGAAAUUAUAGAUUUGUUGCUAAAGAUUAUAAAAAGUAUCGAAUAUUAUACCGAUGAUGAACUAAAAAUGGUUAAAGCACGAAAGAGCAUCUUAGAAGAUGUUUUGCAGCAAAAGAAAGCAGCUUAUUACGAAAUAGACAAGUUUUUCGAUCAUUAUGCGUAUCGGAUAUUAUCAUCUGAGGAUUCUUAUAUGGAUUCAGUAAAUGCCAACACAGCUGAAUAUGUUUACGAAAGUGAAAAUUUUUGCAUGCACUUAUGGACAUUAAAAAAUGUACCUAUAAAUUUCCAGUUUUUAGAAACUCCUUGCAUCGACGCAUGUUUACAUAAAUUAAAAAUUAAAAUACAAUUGCCGUUAUCGAUUCUACAGGAAAAUCUCACUAUAAGGGGAAUACAAUUAUUUUUCGAUCCGUUUAGUGAGAAUGCUAGAAGUUAUAGGCAAGAUUUUAAAGAGAUUCGAGAUCUUACUGCAGUGUUGUCGGCUGGUACACCAGAUAUACACGAUUGCUUGGUCCAAGAACAUUUUAUGCAAGUGGAAUUACAAAACCAAGUGCGCAAGAGAUUGAUGGAAAAACGUGCGGAAUAUGAAAACAAAGUCGUCGCACUAGCGGAACAAUUAGAAAAUUUAAAAAAAUCCAAUGCUAGCGAUAAUGAAAAUAAAAAGAAGCAGCCAAAACUUAUAAAAGUGCCCAAGGAACCGCCUGUAAUAACGGAUGAUAUGUUUCCGGAUAUUUGGGACGACUUUUUACAAUUGGAUAAUGAGCGUUAUAAUAAUUUCAUUGAUUUUGUCUAUCACCCGGAUUCAUUGCGACUGGAGCCAGAUGAGAUCAAUUUAAAAAAAUAUGCGAUACUCGGCGGAAUAUAUCAAUUAUAUUUUGUUAAAAAACCAACCCAUUACAACUUUGACGAUUUUAACAUGACAUGGCAUGAAAAUAAUGGCGAAUUACAAAUAAUCAAAAACGUGAUUGCUGAAGCAGUUUUGCCAUCUUUAUCUAAUAGAGGAUCUUUAAGUCGUUCUUCAAUUUCGAUUAGGCGUAGCUUAUCCAGGCAUAAUAGUUUACAACCAAAUUCAUCCUUCAUUGAUCCACCAAAGUAUUAUGAGACACCUAGUUUUGUUAUUUCGAUGGAAUUACCAGAUUAUUUAUGUCUCUGGGGUGAACCGUUAUUGUGCCAUUUUGAAGAUGACUUAAUCGGCUACGUAGAGGAAACUGUGAGUACGCCAGAACAAAAUCUAGCGCCAACGCCCUCUGCUGCUACUGAUGAACAGAGUAAAUUAUUUAUAAAAGAAACAGCAUCAACAGGCACCUCGUCCAUAGAAAUUGCACAUACCCCAAGGCAAUCCGUAUCGAGUAUUUCUAUACGCAUGAGACGUUCAAUAUCGAACGUCUUUCGACCCUCAUUAGCGUCACUCACCAGUAUGUCACAGCAACACGGUCAACCGGCGCAAACACGAAAUUUUGUAGAAGUUGAAGACUUUGUUUUGGAUUUACCCUUGUCUAUUGUUCAAAUACGUAAUAUACAGCGACAUUGUUUGCCACGCAUUAUUUCCUCCUUUAAGUUCCCUGUGGAAUUGCAAGAUGAAGCGGCCGAAGAACAAAGUGGCAAACCGAAGGGCAAAGGUGGUGUAUUGUUGCGUAAACGUCCCUCCGAAGAGGAUGUAGAUGACGUUAAGGAAUUCCAAUAUGAUGGCCAAAACAAUCCUGAACGGAUGUUUCCUGUUUUCGUUAGUCCCGAAACUUUGCAUAUGGAAUAUCGAAUACGUGAUGAAAAUGCAGACACUGCGGUGCCUACGGGGACUAAAUUUCCAACAAGUUUCUCCCAAUUAGUACAAACAUUAGAUAGAAUAAGGAGCGCUUAUCAAACCGGUUUCAGGCGAACACUUCAAGUAACUGAUAAGAAAAUUAAUGCCAAUGUUUAUAAGACGCGCAGGAAGAUAGCUACGACGACGCGGUCAGUGGACUCAUCUGCGACUGUCCUGCCGUUGACGGGACGGUUGUCAGCACAUAUAGCAGUGGCAAAGCGUAAAACUUCGAAGCGAAAAACUAUACGGCUGAGUGAACUUGAUAUGGCAAAGGCGGGAGGACAAAAAGAGCGUGAAAAAGAACAUUUAAGGUUGGAACAUGAGACACAGGCGUUGUUAAUGCGUAAACAGUUGUCAGCAGUUCAGGCGGCAAAUCAAGCGGAGGAGCAAGAAGAGAAAUCAGAAUUGGAAGAUGUUAAAGAGAGUCUACCGGGACCCGAAGUGGAAGAUAAAAGGAAAACAUUCCGCUAUUCACAUUGGACGACGAAAUUUAUUGAGAAAACGAAAUAUGAUAAAACAAAUCACAAGAUAACGAUUUGGACAGAUCGUUUGGGCACAAUUGGUUUGGCGUAUAAGCUUUAUGAACAUUUCCCUUUUAAAGAUUGGAAAGUGGAACCAGAUCUGGAAAACGAAGGCGAAGUAGUUUUUACGCUAGAAACGCAAUAUGUUAAAUGUGUAAUCAAUAUCUCCGCCAACGGCUAUCGCGGUUAUGUAGCGGAGCCAACCAAAGGUUUUGUACGCAAUAGAAAAAUUUACUUGGACAUUAAAGAGCCAGUAACCGAUUUGAAAGACUUGAAAGGGCGUUUCCGUGAGCGUUUCUUGAAUAUAUUUUCCAAUCACGAUGCUCGUUUUUAUAUAGAGAAUAGCUAUUUUUCUGAGAAACAUUUAGCCUGUGAACUCCACAUCUACUCCUGUAUAGCUUUGCAUUGUUUGCUAUUGACAUUUACACGCUCCAAUUGGAAUCGCUUGGCACAGCGUCGUGAUAUUGUUUUGAAUUUUGCACACCAUCGCGAGCCGCCGGAAAACAUGAUGCAGGUGCGCAUCACACCAGAAAAUGCCACAUUUGUGGAUGUACAAGAGCUGUGUUCGGAUGAUUUAAAUACGUUUUUGUUAGACUAUACAUUAACAUGGCGAAACAUAGGUCAAUAUAGCGACUUUCAUCACCUCAUCAUGUCAACAUAUCUCACUGCUAUGGACAAUCGUUGCAAAGAUCCAAAACUACUUGUGAAUGUAAAAAAUUUGCUUUCUGAAAUACGUCCCCUAAGUUAUUCGUAGCAUAAUUGCAAUAAACAUAAUUUGUAAUUA